AUGGAUCCUCUAUUGUUUUUCUUCGUCCUUCUUGUUGCUCUCUUCCCAAUAUCAGAAUCACAACUAGAUGGAGAACCAGAGCUCAUCGCUCGCGGUUUCAACUCCAGUGAUUUGCAGGAUGCAGUAAAUGAUAUGAGAGCAAAGUCUUACUAUGGAUUUGCAAUCCUUUUGCAGAUGGUGAAUGGAUUGGCACAACAAAACCGGCCCUUAACCUUCUUGAUGCCAGCUGACUCACAAUUAUCUGAAUCCCCAAUCUCGGUACAACACCUUGAAGAGUUCAUGACAAGCCAUGCAAUCUCAAUGCCUCUGUCGUUCAAUGACCUUUUACAUUUUCCAACUGGGAGCCUUGUCCCAACUGGUGUUGAUAACAAGAUGAUCAGAAUCAACAACCGGGGAAGAACUAGUUUCUAUGUUAACAAUGCACACAUUGUCACACCAAAUAUUUGCAAUGGCACUUCCUUCAGGUGCCAUGGAAUUGAUGCAGUAAUUCAGUUUGGCAAUGUUACAGCUACAUAA